GAAUUCGAAAUAAACACACACAACCACCGCAACUCACAAUUCAACAACUACCAUACCAUAACAAGUACCACCACAGACCUUCGGAUCUCUACAUAGACACGAUCUUCAAUUACAAUCCUGAAUUCCAUUCAUGCGCACAAUCCUGCAGACAAGAAAAACAUAAAUACAUACGCUCAAUAACCCCACUACAAAUACAUCACAAACAAUCAACAAUUCCCUCGAGAUCAACAACCACCCCUCAACUCGAUAAUAACUCGUAUAUUCUCACCCUUCAAGAUCAACACCACUGCGGCCUUCCUCUCCAUCGGCCUUCUCUAGUGUUAUACCAUUUCAUGCUAAAUUAAUUGCACACGAUCUAAGACGAAUUCCGAUAGAACGCGAUCUUGUUUUCGCGCCUCAAUACCACAUCUCAUACACUUAUUUCAAAGAUACCCUCUUCCAACAAAAAAUACAUAUACAAUGGCUGAUGAGCUGGCAACCAAGCUAGCGGCUACUCAGAUCAAUGAUAAUGCUUCCCCGGACAACUGGAAAGCUGGUCUAAACAUUCCAGCGAAAGACACGAGGCAACAGACAGAGGAUGUUACCGCCACCAAAGGUCUCGAAUUCGAAGAUUUCUCCAUCAAGCGAGAGCUGUUAAUGGGCAUCUUCGAAAUGGGGUACGAGAAGCCAUCCCCAAUUCAAGAAGAAGCAAUCCCCGUGGCCCUUACAGGUCGAGACAUACUGGCUAGAGCGAAGAAUGGUACCGGUAAAACUGCCGCCUUCGUUAUCCCUGCACUCGAACGUAUCAACCCUAAAAACACCAAAGUACAAUGUCUCAUCCUGGUACCCACUCGAGAACUAGCUCUUCAAACUUCACAAGUCUGCAAAACUCUUGGACAACAUCUCGGCAUCAACGUUAUGGUCACUACUGGUGGUACUACCUUGCGAGAUGAUAUCCUGCGUCUCCAAGAGCCUGUUCAUAUCAUCGUCGGUACACCUGGUAGAAUCCUCGAUUUAGCAGGAAAAAAUGUGGCGGACCUCAGUGAAUGUAACAUGUUUGUCAUGGAUGAAGCUGAUAAACUCCUCUCACCUGAAUUUACUAUCGUCAUCGAACAACUACUUCAAUUCCAUCCCAAGGACCGACAGAUCAUGCUCUUCAGCGCAACAUUCCCAAUGACGGUCAAGGACUUUUCGGAUAAGAACAUGGCCGACCCCUACGAAAUCAAUCUCAUGGAUGAGCUCACUCUGCGCGGUAUUACUCAGUUUUAUGCAUUUGUCGAAGAGAAAGAGAAAGUACAUUGUCUCAAUACUUUGUUCUCAAAACUACAAAUCAACCAGUCGAUUAUAUUUUGCAACUCUACAAAUCGAGUCGAACUUCUUGCCAAGAAGAUUACCGAAUUAGGCUAUUCAUGUUUCUACAGUCAUGCUCGGAUGAUCCAGGCCAACAGAAACCGUGUUUUCCACGACUUUCGCAAUGGCGUCUGCCGCAAUCUUGUUUGCUCUGAUUUACUCACUCGUGGUAUUGAUAUUCAAGCUGUGAAUGUUGUUAUCAACUUCGAUUUCCCUAAGAACGCCGAAACUUAUCUUCAUCGUAUUGGUAGAUCUGGUCGAUUUGGACAUCUUGGUCUCGCAAUCAACCUCAUCAGCUGGGAAGAUCGCUUCAACUUGUAUAAUAUCGAGCGUGAACUUGGGACAGAGAUUGCCCCAAUUCCCCAAAUUAUCCCGAAAAAUCUCUAUGUCUACGAAACUCCCGAAAACAUUCCACGUCCCGUAUCCAAUUUCCAAACCAACACCCGUCAGGCAUCAGGACCAGGACGUGAUCAGCAACAACCCACGCAGCACUCUGGAAAUCAGAGAACUGGUGGUCAAUAUAAUAAUUAUAAUAAUGGACGUCAGAGUGGCCCAGGUCAAAACCAGAGUCAAGGACAAGGGCAAGUACAAGGACAAGGACCAAGACAGAACCAAGGUCAGCGUCAAAACUAUUCCAGGGGCCGAGGUGGAUUUGGUGGUGGUAGAGGAGGUGGUCAAGGACCACGACAGAACGGUUACGACAACUCAAGAGGAGGCCGAGGCCAGGGUCCUCCACCAGCUCAAUAGGCUUGUGUACCAACCGUGUUACACGUGAUGAUGAUGUUUGGAGUUUUGUACAUAUAACCUUCUAUUCCCUUUGCGAUAGACUCGAUUUUACGACGGACAUGGCUGCGGGAUUUUUUUGCUCUCGGCGUUGAGCUGUUUCUGGAUGCAUCCCGCUACUCGACUUGACGUUUGAUUCGGCUCAUGAAUUUCUUCAGCUGUCGCUGAAUUUUCGUGUUUGUAUCAUACGACUCUCGUUUUUUCAAUUUCCUCUCUUUCAUUUUCUCGACAGAUAACUACUCCGGGUCGCAUGAGUAGUAGCGGGAAGCAAAAGUUUCAGCGGAUUCGCUCUGGUAUGACGGCGUGGCGUAAUGGUAGGGCGUUCAAUGAAGGUACUCGCAGGAGAAACUUUUCUAGUCUAGACUGGUUCUGCUGUAAAGGCAUUUCUGGAAUGGGCGAUGGGUAAAUCUGUUUUCUUCAUCUUAUGGGCUCUGGUAAUGAGCAUUUGAUGAAUGGUUAGUGAUGGGUGGGCCGACGGGCGGAUGAUUUUUUGGGUUAAUGUUGAUAAAGGUGAUUCAAUCAACAACGACUCGUGGCUGGCAUUGAUGAGAAGGUAGAAGGGGAUGGCGCUGUUGAGAGUGCAUUACAAUGGUAAUGAUGGUCACUUCUCACACUCUUGAAGUGGGAAGCACGACAUCUUGGGAUGAGGGGGGUUCACAGAAAAAUAACAUAAAAAAACUUUAGGGAGGUACCCA